AUGAUUACUGUUACAGAGGUUCUGGAUAAGGAGUCUGUUGAGGAAAAAGAAGGGAACUGGGUGGCAAGCAAGGGGCCAGAUCAAGAAACCUCAUAUGAAAUACCGUAUGAAGUUCCCAGUGCACUGCUAAAGUACAUUGAUCCAUCAUGUACUGAAUGGCAGGAUCCUAAGACAAGAAAAAAGGUUUACAAACUGGCAGUUCAAAAGUAUUACAGUGACACUGGAACAAAGUUUGAAAGCAGUGAUGCUUGUGUACUGAAUCCAUCAAAGAAACAGUUGAAAUCAACAUAUUCUCGCAGAGACAGUUUAAAGGCAGGAUUUGUGCCACCAGGGGAUUUGCUUAAACUGAUGCUGAAACAGAAAGCUGCAGCAGAGCUGAACACUCCACAUUAUUCUCUCAUUCUAAAUGACACUUGGAAGAAUGAUAGGUCCGAGAUGGAUUAUCCAAAAAGGAAGACAGUGUCAGACAUAGGGGGUUUGUCAAGUGGUGUCUAUGAUUUCAAGGAUUCAGUAGGCAAAAGGAGUCACCAUGAGAAAGAAACAGCAGAGUACAGCCAUAGAACACCUGGAUAUGGUGCCUUCAGCUUUUCCAAUCUCUCAAAACUCGUCAUACCAGAAGUAGAGGAAGAUGAGGCUAACAUUGAAGUGACUAGACAGAGGAAAUCAGAGGUAGAUUUCAGGAAGCAUCAAAGAAUGACUCCUUCUAAGUUGGCUUUGGAGUCCUCUUUACGAAGACAGUGCAAGUCCUUGUCAGAUGUCAAACAAGGAAAAGGAGAAAGAGUAGUCAAAGAGAAAGAGGAUAAAAUGAUUGAAAAAGGACAGAUCAGUAGCAAGAAAAACAAAGAAUCACCAUCAUAUACAACUCCUUCAAGUUUGUUGAAGAAUUCUGAACAAAAGCAGCCCCUUAAAGAAGCAGAUAAAUCUGUGGGUUAUGGAGAAAUAAGUUUUACUGCACCUUCAAAACUGCUCCUGAUGUCAGAAAAUCAGAAGAAAUGGACUGAUUCUAAGGAGCCAGAGAGAAUCCUCUCAGCCUCUUCCCUCAUAAAGAGACCAGUUAUGGACAAAACCAGAAGGAGAUCACUGGGGGAAAUUCAGAAAGAGGGUUAUGGAGAGGUGGAUUUUAAUUCUCCCGUGUUAGUGCUCGAAAGUCUUAAAAUUCAUUCUGAUACAGAGGGAGAGGCCAGUGAAAUUAGUUCAGAUGGUGAAAUACAAAGUGAAAACAAAUCAGGGGAUCUGGAGGAGAAAGCUUCCUCUCCUGAGGUAACUGAUAAACUUAAUACAAAAGAUUCUGAAUGUCAUAGCACUUUAUUAGAAGGGACACAAAACCAAGAAGAGAAAAUUGACCCAAAUGUUUUCACAGAAAACACAGACAAACCUCCUCUUGUUAAUGCAGACAUAGAGGAAAUUAAAACAAUGCUACAGCAAAAACUUGAUGAACAAUCUUCUCUUCUUGAGAAACAAAGUUUGUUGUCUGCAGUUAUAAUACAAUCUUUGAAAAAGGGCAACUUAUUAGAAGGGGAUCUUCAGACACUUAUUUCUCUGCAUGGUGCUGGAGUCAUAGACUUGGAAAAGUCAACUCCUAAGAACAUUCUUAGAAUUCAACAAAAAGUGGAGGAUGAUAAUGGAAAAUGUCAAAACAAAAAGAUACUUGGUGGAAAAAUAUCUUUAACUAGACUACAGGGACAAAAACAUGUGGAUCCAUCUUUACCAUCUGAAGUGUUGAAGAGAAAGAUUGAAAAAGACAUUAGGGAAAAGGUAACAUCGGGAACAGUAAGAAGACACAAUCGCAGUGAUUCUGUUGAUAAAGGAUAUGAGAGUGGGGCAGAUACCAGUGUCCAUACAGAGAAUGACAUCAAUGCCCACUUCACAGAGGAAUCAAUGAAAAAAACCAGAGAAAGUAUUUACCAGCACAAGAGUGAUUCCAGAAGAUUUUGCUUUACCAGUACUACCGGGAGAGAGAACACACAAGAUAUGGAUGAUGUUAUUGAAUUUCUCAAUCCAAGCUCUGUCUAUACCAAGUCAUAUACCAGUGACUCUAGUAUGGAAGAGCUAGAUGUGUUAGCCCCAGCUAGCUCAGGGUACACCUCCCACACAGACACCAGCCAUUACAGAAGCUCAGGAGGAUCCAGCAGUCUUCUGGAUGACUAUGAAGAAGAGCUUAUCUCCUUUUAUGAUCAAGAGGACUAUGCCUCAAAGAAUUCGCAGUUACUGUCAAAUGAUGAUGACAGAAUAUAUGAAAUGGGAAGCAAUAUGCAAUUGUACAAUAGAAGUCCACAACAAAGUAAGGAAAGGCUUACUGUGCCAAGUGUAGGUUUUGCUCCAUUUAAUGCUUCAAAGCCUGAAUUUUCUGCAAAAGAUAUUAAUGCAGAGCCUGGUGCUGAGAUAUAUGGGUUGAGGUAUCCAAAUUCAGUUGUAAACAAAGAUGUCAGAUUCAAGGACAGCCCACUGUACCUUGAAGACAUGGACUCUUACAUGACUGACUCCUCCAGGGAGUGUGAAUCGUCUGUUGGCUCCUUCCCUCACAUAGACAGCAUACAGAUUACACACAAUCCCAGCUUCCAGGCCCUGUCUGAUGAUGGGAGAGAUGUCCAGGAAGAGUCAGAGGAGCUUUUGUACCUCCCACCAAGAAGAGUGACCUCCAUACGGGACUUCCUGAAGCUGUUGUACAGCAGAAACCCAGAGUUUGUGAGGCAGUCCUUGAGUGGUGCAGACUGUGAAUACAAGACCCUUCAGCAGCUUCUCUAUACAUUCUCCAGCACUUCAGGGGAGGACUAUUUCACUGAUGAUAAUCGACAGUCUCCUAGGAAGCGGAGUCUCCCCUCUGUGAGCCCCAGAAGUAUGACCCCAGAGGCCCGCAGCUGGCUCAUGGAAAAGGAAGUGUUGGAGAGUCAGACUAGAAAGUUACAAAUGGAGGUCUCCACACUCCACACAGAGAACAAAGUCCUGAAAGAGAGGCUCAACAGGGCACAAGGCACAGUGGACAAUCUUGAAGGUGAACUUGUAGGCUAUAGAGAGGAGGUAAGGAAUGUUCAGUUAACGUUACAACAACAGCAGACAGAGGCAGAGAGAAAGGCUAAGCUGGAGAUGUCAGAGGAGUACACCCAUCUACAGUCACAGAUCCAGAGUCUGUACCAAGAAAAUACCGAACUUAAGGAGGAGGUGUCAAAAUUUGAGAAACAUUUGGAAGCAGCAGAGAAAGCAUCCAACCAGGUUCAACUAAGUGCAGAAAAAUCUAAAACACUGCAAGCUUAUAAAAUGGAAGUCUUGACCCUAAAAGAGGAGGUUGGAAGAGUAAAAGCCCUUCUAGAACAAAGUGAAAAUCAUCUCCAUGAAGAGGAAGUCAGGAGCAAAGAGCUGAGUCAGCAAAUGUUACGUCUGACAGAAAUGAAGAAUCUCUUUCAACAGCAACUUGACAAAGGAGGUGGCGGGACAGUGUCUGAUAAACAGAUCAAGUCUUUGGAGAAGCGUCUGCGGAUCACAGAGGAGCGGCUCCAUCAGGAGCGGGCAGACAGAGCUAACAAUCUGUCGGAGGUAGAGGACAAACUACUGACAGAGAAUGCCAGGCUACAGGCUGUGGAGAAAGGACUCAACAGACAGCUGCAACGAGAGAAGGACAAAAACCGUAACCUUGAGAACAAAGUCAAGGACACUAGGGAAGAGGUAGAGAAACUCCGAUUAGCUCUUCCAUUUGACGAGUCAGCUCUGACCUCAGCUAAAAGUGAGGAGUAUGACAUUCCCUACAGUGUACACAGUAAUCAACGAUACGAAAAUAAAAAGACACCAGAUUAUAAGUAUGUCAUGGGACAAGUGGAACAACAGUCUGGUCUUACCAUUGGUCAGGAAAAAGAGGUCAUAUGUCACCUCUGGAGUACAAGGGAGACAACAUAUCAGCAAUUGCGCCAUUUACAAUUCAUUCUUCAAGAUUUAAAACUCCCAGACAAUGAUUUAACUGCUGGUUUGAAGCAACUGCGAGACCUGAAGAGUCAUUAUGAGUCAAGGCUACAACAGGUGGAGGAGGACUUACGAGACUCACAGACACAGCUAGCCACAUUCGAAACAACAUACAAAGAACAACUGAACACCCUAGUCAAGGAGAGACAUGAUUCUUUUGCUCGUCUGAAAACAACAGAAGACCUGCUGGAGGCCCUGAGAGGGGAAAACGAGAUUCUGAAAGCCAAUGUCACUGGUUCUGUAGGCUCCCACAACAGCAAUGGCAGAGACAGUCAGAUAGAUGCACUGAAUAUAGAGAUAACAAAUCUAGAAAACAAAAUACACCACCUUCAGACAAAUAAUCAAGUUUUAGAGGGUGAGUUGAAGACCCUGCGAGUUCAGUUAGAGGCCAAAGAGAAGGCGCUGGAGGAUGCCCAGACCGAGGCAGAUCUGGCUCACAGUCGCCUCAACAAUACAGACGCCAUCGAGCGCAGGCAGCAGAGGAUAGACAAACUCACCGCAGAGAAUCAAAACCUCCAGGCAGAUGUAAGACUUCUGAAAGAGAAAAACAAUUUUCUAAAUGAUGAAAAGAAACGCAGUGAUACUGAUCUAGCAAAUUGUCAAAAGGAGCUGAAUGUGUUAAAAACUAGUCAGAAAGAGGGCAAGGCAGGAGACUUAGCGGAUAACAAGUUUGUUCAGUCCUUACAAGAAGAACUACAACAAAAAGACGUCCAGUUGAAGCGGUCGUCACACGAGUUACAAACACUGGAGAGUGAGUUACAACACACACGCCAUACCAUGUACAGUGAACAGGCAUCCAUGGCAAACUUACAGUCUCAGGUGCAGAGUCUAAAAGAUCAGUUGGAACAAAAGACCUCAAUGCUGGACACCUUAGGAGGAACUGAGUCAGACUCACAAUCUCACUCCAACUCACUGAAGGAGAUGCUAGAAUCCAUGUCUCAGGAAGUCACACUACUCCAGGCUCAGAACAAGACACUGCAGGCAGAAGUCAACAGAGAAAAAAGCAGGUGUGAGGUGCUUCAAGAGGAAAUGUCCAGAACGAGUGGUCAGACCAGAGAGAGGACAGGGCUAGAGCUCCAAAUCAAACAGCUGGAGGAGGAGAGAGAGAAGCUCCAGGAACAGCUCAUAGAGGCAGCCAAAGCUAGUGAGGAACUAACACAGAAUGUCAUUGAUGCUCAGUCAGAGGCUCAAAGGCUUCAACAAGAGCUGAGCUCAGAGCAGGCCAAGCUCCUACACAUGUCAGCUCAGAAGGGUGAGCUCGAACAACAUCUUGAGGAAAUAGCGGAGGAGCAUGAUGCCUUGAUUCAGGAGAAGACACAGAAUGAGGAGGAUGUUGUCAAACUGGAGAACAAGCUACAGGAGAUAGUACAGACAUUCGAGGUGGACGCACAGCGCCAACACAACAACUACCAGACUCACUACACCGACAUCCCACCCGAACUCAGGAAGAUGGCUGGGGAGCUGGAUUCUGUUAGAACACUGCUGGAUGCUAAGAACGGAGAGCUGGAUAUGCUACAAGACAAGCUGUUCCGUCAGAACAUGGAGGCUGAAUUCCUACAAAGACGUGUUGAGUUACUGAGCGGUGAGAACCAGUGUAACCGGGAAGAUAUCGCCCGCUUGACCAGGGAACUGGCCAACAAGAUUAAGGAGGCUAGCUCUUUGAGAGAAGUAAAUCAGUUGUUGGCAAGGGAGAGAAGUAAAAUCCAGAGGCAGAGGGAAUCUGAAGAGAGAGAAAAAACAUGGGAGAAAUCACACAGUGAGAAAUACAGGAAAGAGGUGUCUGAUGUUAUACAUAAGUUAGAGGAGGAAAUGAAAUUUUCCUUGCGGAAUGAUAAGGAGGAACUGAAGUCAACCAACCACAGACUGGAUUUAUUAUCCUCAGAAAAUGAGAAAGUCCUCAAUAGUCUCAAUGUUGAAAAACAGGCUACAGCACAGCUCAAAGCAGACUUACAGAAAUAUCAGAGGGAGUGUGAGGAAUUAAAAGAACAGCUUCGUGUCAUUACACUGGAGUUUGAAACAGCCAAAGCUCAGUUGUCAGCUCGAGAUGAAACUAUUGAGAGUAUGAAACAAGACAAAGGGGCAUUUUACCAAGAGUAUGAUAGCAUGUGUAGGAGAUUGGCAGAGAAGGAUGAGAAAAUUCAGAACCUUCAGCAGAAGUGUGAUAAGACAGUAGAGAACCUGAGAGAGGAGUUCUCACAACAAAAACUAAACCUGGAACAGGAGAGGACCUCAACAGAGAGUGACCUAGAUAAAGCCAAAGAUUCCAUCAAUAUCUUAAAUGAGGAGAUCAAACAGAAGGAUGCCCAGCUUGUGACUUUUGGAAGAGCCCUGCAUGAGCUUGAAGAACUCUCAAAACAAAAGCAUGAGCUAGAACAGCAGGUUGAGAAGCUGACAUUUGACUGUAGCUCUGUGAAGCAGUUGUUACAGAAUCAUCAGCGAGAGAUGGAGUCUCAACAGAGCACCAUUAACAGGAUGCAGGAAAUCCAGGCCAAACUCCAGGUGGAGAAAACCAGGCUGACUGACCAACUGAAGGAGGAGAAAAUGUCCUCCACUCGGCAGAUACAGGAACUGGAAAAAUCUAUCUCAGACCUCAAGUCUCAUCACGAAGGGGAGAAGGCAUACCUCAAAGAGAAUCUACAGCAGACCCAGUCUAAACUGCAGGCAAUGGAAAGCAGUCUGGCUUCAGCCGUUGAGAUGCGGGACAAACUCCAGAUGACCAAUCGUAUGCUAGAACACUCCCUGGAGGAAACCAAGGCCAAACUUCAGGAAGAGACAUCAUGUUACAGGGUUGCUGACAAGAAGUCAGAGAGUCUACAAACCCAGCUUAAUGACAGCCGCAGGGAGAGGUUUAUGACUGAGGACAAGCUGAACCAGUGUCAGACCAGUCUGGUCAAACUAGAGAAGGAGCUGAGGACCGAGAAGGACCGAGGACUAGAACUGGAGGAGAGGAUCCAGGAAUUAGAGGCAGUGUCUGCCACUCAGCAGUCCUCACUGAAGGCCAAACAGGAACAGGUGGAGGUAUUGCAGACUGAGAUAGGGAAGCUGAGACAGAUUAUUGAUGGUCAGAAGCAGCAGCUGGGUGGAAAACUGAAGAAGUCCACUCAGGAGUUCAAACAACAGCUAGACCUAAUGGACAUGGAGAAAGAGCAGUUAUCAAAGCAGAACCAGCAAUUAACCUUUGAUCUGGAAAAGGCAAGGGAGACAAUUCAGAACAAAAACAAAGAGAACCUUAAGCUGCAGGAGGACAUUUUGAAUUUGGAGGACCAGAUCAGGGAGAGGUCCUCAAAACUGAGAAAAGUAGAGGACAACUUAAAAGUGGAGGAGGAGAUACAGUCCAAGCUGGCCUCCAGAUACCAGGAGCAGGAAGAUGAGGUGAAGCGGCUAAAGAACUUCCUGACAAAGAAGGCAGAGGAAGCCACAGACGCAGACAAAUCCAUGUGGCAGGACAUGUCUAAAGUGAUCCAGGAUAUGAGUCUUAAGAUGCAGCAGCACUUUGAAGGAGCCAAGGAACGAGAAAAUCAGCGAGAACAGGACCUUAAACUCAUCAAAAAAUACAAAAAGCAGGUGCGAGACCUGGAGACAGACCUGAGCACAGAGAGGGCGGUACAUACCAUUACCAAGUCCUCACUGCAGGCCCUCGAGGAGGACUGCCGGAGAUUGAGGAAACAGUUCAUGUCCUCGAGGAGGAGAGACCAGUCCUCGGCUGAAAAGCCUUCAAAAUCCCGUAUGGAAGCAAUUAAUGAGAUAAUUGCUCGCUCUCAGACCCAAGCUCAGAGUAUGCUGGCAGCAGGCGGAUAUUUUGAGGAAACACUACGCAGCAUCACAACUCCUCGAGGAGGGAAUUACAACUAUAAUAAUGAUGGAUCCCCGGAUACAUCUGUAGCCAGUGACUUCUCUUUUAACAGUGUGUCUCCUGCUGUCAUGGCAGCCUAUCCUUCACAGGCCAAAUCCCCUCGCAAGUAGAGUCCCAAAACUGUACUCCAUUACCAGUCCUUCUUUAUCACUUACUUUUAAAUCAGAACAUUUAAGAAGAAUCAUGUAUUUAAUAUCUAUUUUAAAAAUAUAUUUCUUUGGUAAUCAGGGAAAAACAUAUUCAUUUUUUUAUAGCAUUUUACAACAAAAUCAAGAAGGAAAGCCUUUUUGCACAAUUUUUAAAAAAAAUUUUUUCCCAAAAAAGUAAGUUCAGUUUUUGACAAAAGAGGGAAAACUUUUCUGCUAGAACGAGUAUAUGUUGUUGACUUUAAGUUGAAUGUGCAAUACUUUACAAAGCAUUCCUUUGUUUCAAUAUGUUCGUGAUAUAACACAAUUUUGUGGACAUGUUUAUGUGAAUCUAAACUGCCGUCCAUUCCUUUUUAUGUUAAAUUUCUGUGAUGGAAUAUUAUUAAUGGUUUUUAGGGUAGACUAGGUUUUAGUAUACUUUGUUUUUAAAUAUAAAAAUUUUAUCUUUCAGUAUUUACAUUCCUAACAAAAUCUAUAUUUAGUAACUUAUAAACAGUGUAUGCUGAAGAAUUUUAUCUCUUGAGCUACAGCUUUAAUAAAUCUACUCUAAAUCCGUCCAGAAUUAUUUAGAAAUUUUAUAACUGAUACAUGAAUAUAAAUGAUGAUAAUCAUUUUGGCAAAGCAUAAAAACUUCAAUAUCAACAAGAGAAUUAUGACAAAGUGAAAUACAGUCCUUUUUUCUUUGUGUUCAGAUUGCAAUAUUCUGCCUCCUUAAAUCGGGUGUCUUACAUUUCAUCUCUCACAUGAUAUUACAGGAUGUGUUCUUUGUUGAAAUAAAAAAGAUUGCAAAUAAAAGCCAAAAUCAAAACUAUCAGAAACCAUUACUUGCCAUUAUACACUCAGUAUCACUUUAUUUUAUGCUUGUCUUCCAGUCAUAAGUUGUAGGCAACAUUAUAGAUGUUUGUCAUCAUUAUUUUGAGUAAUAACAAUGAAGUGUCUUAGCUCUUUCUUAGUUUUAAGCCAAGUGAGAUAAUUUUUUUGAUCCUUAACUAUUUAAGUUAAAUCCUGGCCAAGGAUUGCAUUGGUUUUGGUUAUUAGGAUUUCAUUUUUAUUUAUAUGAUUAUAUACACACUGUUAAUCUAUAUUUACACAAUAAAUGUUAACUGCAAUAUUAAAA